AUGCCGACAGGAGUGUCAGUCAUCGAACUUUCCCCGCCAUCCGCCGACUUCGUGCAAAGACGCGUCAGCUCGCUUGGGCCAUGGGUACUUGGGGGUUUCCUCGAUAGCGUGCUUAUGGGCGUCAUCUUCUGUCAAGUAGUCACCUAUUAUCGAACACGGGCGCCAGCAGAGUCGGCUGUGCAGAGAUUCUACAACGCGGUCGUUUUCGCUGUCUUCGGUCUAUCGGUGCUCAAGACGGCUCAAUGUAUCGCGGUGGUGUGGGUGCAGAAUGUGAUGGAUUACGCAAAUCCAGAUGUCGCACGGUUGCUGGUAGCGAAGGCGUGGUGGCAAGUAUCAAUGCCGCUCAUGACCGCGGUUAUUGGCACCACGGUCCAGUCGUUCUUUUGUUUCAGAUACUACAUGCUUUCCCACAACUGGACUCUCUGCGUUCCCAUCAUAUGCGCGAUGUGUGUCGGUCUUGCAGGCGUUUGCCUUUCCCUGGCUAACAUCCUGUCGGGGAAUGCCAAGGCUAAAGUAAUGUGGCUUCUGGCGAGUCAUCUGGUUCCUUUAAUAUUCGUGGGAGAUCUAAAACGAUCACAGGUGCAUCUUAUCGGAGUUUUCGUUGCCGACUUUCUUAUCACCGCUGGCACGAUUCAUUCUCUCCAACGACGGAGUGCUGGCCUUCAACGCACCGCUCUACUUAUCAACCGAUUGCUCCGUUUGGUUUUCGAGAGUGCGAUUCCACCCACGGUCGUGGCAACGAUAGACUUGAUCAUGACGCAAACCCUCGGCCAGGCUCAUUUGCUCUGGCACAUGCUUCUGAACAUCGCCCUAGGGAAAGUGUACGUCGUGAGCCUUUUAUACACACUCAACUCCAUCAACGCGUAUCGCACACGGGACGGGAGCCAGGAGGUCUAUUCUUAUAACGACCGACGGACGUCACGUCGCGCUACUAAUCUGGAACUCGGGAGUCGCGGGUUGGGCCAUCAGCUCUCCUCCAAGGACCAAAUCUUCGUUCACACCCAGGUGUCCACACAUGUAUCUCCGGAAACGUUUUCCCCUCGAUCCGAGUACAAGCAUUCCGCUCCGCCCACACCCAGAGAUGACACGUCUAGUCACAAUGCUAGCGAUCAUGUUACAUUUGCUCAGUGA